UUUCUAAUGCCCACAUUCAGUCAUUUUGGAAACAACAGAGAGAGAGAGAGAAAGAGAGAGAGAGAGAGAGGCGGAGAGAAGGACAGAAGGACCAAGAAGGAAACAGAGAGAAAAGGAAAGGAGAGGUCGAUAGAUUUAGACAGAGCAACAAAAGGAGAAUUGGUCACAAGCAAGCUGGAACCUAUCCCAGCUGACUACGGGCAAAAGGCGGGGUACACCCUGGACAAGUCGCCAGAUUCCACACUACUUUGAGAGAUGGCCUGCUACACAACCAUUGUGUUUCUGUACUGUUUCUGUGGGCUUGUUGCUGUUUGGGCACAGCCAAAGGCAACAGCAGAAUCAGUCAUAGAAGUGCCAGAAGACUGUAGAGAGGAAACCUACCCCUGUACUCGGAUGUACUCGGUCCAUCAGCCUACAAAGACAUGCUUCCACACCACGUGCUUUUAUAGUCUUCGCCGAAUCUACGUGAUCAACAAAGAGCUCUGUGUGAAGACCGUGUGUCCACAAGAGGAGUUACUGAAAGCGGAACUAUGCAGAGAGAAAUCUGGCUGGCCCAAACGACUUCAGAGGUCAACCAAAAAAAAUGAUGGCUUCCCACGACAACCGGAAGUGACAAACGCCGAGACAGAACAAGAAAGAUAGAAUCAAGAAGUACAUGACAGAAGGACAGCUGACUCAUUUAAACAAGCUACAAAUUUGUGUAACAUUUUACUUUCAAACUUUGUGUUCAAAUUUGUGGUUCAGUGUGCUUUUCAAGUCUCAGAUUUUCUUUUCUUUAUUACUGCACAAUAAUUUCUCACUGCAAGCUGAGUGACGUACAGUGGGGUCCAAAACUGAGACCACAUUGAAAAUGUAGGAUUUUUAAAAUUGGAAAUAAUCAGAAAAGUUUAAUUUCUGCAAUAUUUAAAACAAAGGAAGUAAAUGGUCAACAUUUGGAAUACUGAAUUACAUUUCUAGGUCCCUGUUUAAAUGUAAAUGCAAAAUGUGUAAUAUUGCGCAUGUUAACUGCUUCAUGCAAAAGGUCAGAUUUUCCUCAUGAUUCAUUUCAUCCCUUCUAUUGAAGCAUGUGUUCACAGGACACUCCGAUGGAUUUGAUCCAAAAUGAAUAAGAUUUUACACAAACUCAUGGAGUUCACACUGUCAUUAAAGCAAAACAAGUGCUUGGGGAGCACAAUAUCCCCCGCUGGCAACUCUGCCAUAACUCUGGUAAAAUGCGACCGAAUCGAAUGAAAUUGCAAUAUGCAUAUUACCGACAAAUAACAAAGAAUCCUGCCAAGUUUUGUGAAAUUCCUCCAAAAAUUGUGAGAGGAGUUGAUUUCAGAAGGUGAGCACCCUUCCCGGGACGGACGGACAUCACCACGACAUAAUCAGCCUUCGGGCCUUUCAGCCAGCAGGGGAUAAUAAAAAUUGUAAGGGAAGUUGAUUUCAGAAAGCAAGCACACACCUUGAUGAAAUUGCCAAAGUACAAGUUUGUUAAUAAUCAAGGGCAUAACUCUGGUAUAAUUUGCCCAAAUUAAACGAAAUUUAAAUCUGCGUUUAACUGUCAUAUAACAAAGCCUUUUGCCAAGUUUGGUGAAAUUCCUCCACAAAUUGUGAGAGGAGUUGAUUUCAGAAGGCGAGCACACCUUCAUGAAAUUGUGAAAGUACAAGGUUGUUAAUCAAGGGCCACAACUCUGGUAAAAUGUGAUCGAAUUUAACGAAAUUUCAAUAUGCGUUUAACUGUCAUAUAACAAAGCCUUUUGCCAAGUUUGGUGAAAUUCCUCCACAAAUUGUGAGAGGAGUUGAUUUCAGAAGGAAAACACACUCAUGAAAUUGUCAAAGUAUAAUUUUGUUAAUCAAGGGCUGUAACUCUGGUAAAAUGUGACCCAUCUGAACAAAAUUGCAAUAUGCGUAUUACCGACAUAUAACAAAAAAUCCUACCAAGUUGCGUGAAAUUCCUCCAAAAAUUGAGAGAGGAGUUGAUUUCAGAAGAUGACCACCCUUCCCAGGACGGAUGGACAGACAGACAGACAUCACCACGACAUAAUUCCCCUUUGGGCCUUUCAGCCAGCGGGGGAUAAAAAGGGGACGUAUUAAAUACUACGAAACUCUGAAAUUCAUGCAAAAAUGUCAAAGAUUCUACUUUUCACUCAAGUUGUUGUCAUCACACAUUUAGUAAUGAAAAUGGUUGCAUUCAAUUAGAAAAGAAUGCAAACUAGAAGUAUAAAAACAUUCGUGCGCUCAGACUUUUGGACCCUACUGUGUAUAUUUUGCUGAAUAUAUCCACAUUAUUCUUCAUGUUAUCAGUAUCACACCGCUGUAUUUUCACAACUUCACCUCAUUCAUAUAAUUCAAUGUCUGAGUGUAAAUGAAAGCUACAGUAUGAUGCUCCUAUAACCAAUAAAAUUUCCUUUAACAAUAA